GUGGGAGGCAUAAAUCCAGUAUGGAUGAGCCAGCAAAGCAGGCAGAGCUGUUUGUCUGAGAGAAGAGUGCCAGAGAGAACUACAGGAGCUCAGGUUUAGACUGUGUGAAAGACUACAGGAAGGAAUUCAUGAAAGUCCUUGCUGCAACAUUCCUGAGAGGACAGUGGGAGAAUGAGGGGGAGAUGAAGGCCAUAAGUAAGAGCCUCUUGACAUCUACACAUCCUUUCAGACUCAUAGUGCUGAGAGGUCUUCUCACAGCAAAAGGAUGGAGCGGAACCUGUGGAUUUUUGGAUCUGAUGGUGAUUUUGAAGAAGAGCUAGAGAUAGCUACCCAAUACUUCUUCUGUGAGACAUGCCAUCUGUAAUUGGUGAGUUAGAAACAGCACAGUAGGUGCCCAGACAGAUUAACACAGUGUUCUGUGAGGUUUCCUGGUGGGGAUCAUGGCUCAGUCAGGUAAGGUCCUUCACCUCUAUGUGGAGGUGAGAUCUGUGCCUGAUGAAGAGGGGAAAGAGCUGGGAAAUAUAGAAGGGCAAAAGUCUCUCAUGUUACAUGGGCCAGACAUCCUUCCACAGUCACAGCAUGGAGCCCCUAAUGCCCCACAUGGCUUAAUGCCCCCAGCUGGAGUCCUACAUAAAGGGGCCAGCAGCACCCAGAGCCUUACUUCCAAUAAAUCUCCAUCCAGACACUCGGUCAGCUUUCAGCUCCAUCCAGGGGACAAACCAGCACACCCAUCCACUCGUCACAGACAGAGCUUGCCUUAUGAUGAGAUGAGUAAAUUACUGUCUGCCUUCCAACCAGGCCCCAAUGGAAGUCCUUGUACCUUGGUGCGAACUCGCUCAUCUGAGAGUGAGCCACUCUUUGAGCGGGAUUCUAGAUUUCCUGGACAUUUUACUGCUCCUCCAACACCUAGUGGCAUUCGAAGGGCCUAUGGACGUGAGGAUGAAGGGAAGCGAUCUGUUGUAACCUACAGCUACAUUGAGAAAUCUCAUAUCAAGUCUUUAGAGGGUCAUCGAAGCCCUUUGUGCCAACGUGAGCCAGUGAACCCUUUUAGAAGAGCUAAUGAUGACCAAGCUGUUCCCCUCCAUCUCAGAAAGAGGCUUAGUGACCCAGUGUGGUUCAAUGGCUCGGAAUCCACUAGUAGCCCCAACCCAAAGCAUGCCUUACCAGGCUCAGUGAGCACACCAAGGGGCACCCCCAACCUGCGCCGGGCUACCUUAGACACAAUUGCAAAAGAGGCCACCCUUCGUGCUUUAGAAGAGUUUGGUUCUCCGCAGCUAAAACGCCGACUAGCAGCCAACAGUCCUGAAGGAGGCCAUGACUUCAUGCACAGAGAACAACCUCGCUGUCGGUCAUGGUCUGGGUCUCCUAUGGUCUCACGCAGUACCAGAACUCUGCCAACCUAUGCACAGAUAAUAAAUUCAGAUCAACAACGGACAUUGCAUGGCAUUCCCAGGAGCCCAGCAACUGACCAUCUCUCUGCUCAUGCUAGACAGACCUAUUAUACCAAAUCACCCACUAUUAAUGCCCGAUCUCAAGAAAACCCAAGCCAGCGAGUCUGGAAGGGUGAUGAGAGUCCAAGGCAGGGCUGUAGGAAUGGCCCACCUUUACCGUGUUGCAGGCCCACAGCUAUCCAACAUGAAAUUCCAUCAAUGACCAUCACUGAAGCACCAUGUGAGCAGAAACAUAGCACAAGUGAAAGCCCCCGGCAGCCCCAAAAGGUCAAUUUCAACCUUUCCAACUCAUCAAAUCUGUCAGAUGCAGGAGGUACUAAAGUGAGUGGUAGGAAAAGCACUUCACCUGCCACAAGCCCCGAAAUGGCCCGUAAGUUGGCAGAAGAAGCCACAAAGCUUUCUAUCCUUAUGGAGGCUAGGAGGUCUCCUUCCCCCACGCCAUCUUUAUCAGACACUGUGAGGUCAGACAGCCCAAGGUCAGGGCGCAGUUCUAGAGAAUCACAACAACUCUAUGCUAGCUUCCAAGGAUCUGCAGCAAGAACUUCUUUGGACAGCGAUCUUCCUGCCCAGGUGCGUUACUGGGAAGAGGAGCCCAUUCAAACUGGCCAUCAGUCGGGUCUGACCUCCCCUUUUUUGUCUCACAGAGGAAACACAUCUCCUGCACUUCCAUCUAUGUUGCAUCGUUUGGACUUAGUGUCCACAUCUCCCAUCCGAGACCCACAACAAGAGAGAGCUGAACUGUCAAGAAAAGACAGUCCAGUUUUAUAUCGGCACCGGCCUCCACAAUAUAUGGGAGACAACUGGUCACUGGGGCUUGAACAUAGGCAUUAUGAUGCUUGGUAUGAUUCUGGUCUCAGAGACAGUCCAGACAGCAACAGGAGACACUGCAUGACCAAUAACUCAGUGAGCUUGACCUCCCAGCAGCAGCACUGGAGAGAAGGCCAUUCCUCUGGAAUGAGAAAAGAAUCCAAUAAGGGGACCUUAUAUGAUCCUGGAGCUCCACUAGAUACAUCUUCAAGGGAGUUGAGCAAACAGACAAGAAAUGAUGCAGCUGUGCUGGACUCUCAGGAGAACAAUUUUAGGGUGCCAGCACAUAAAGAGAUUUUAGGUGAGGGCCGUUCAGAUGGGGAGCAGAGCAGUGCUUUGUCCCAGAUGUCCAGUGGAGUUACAGGCAGCCUGGAGCAAGGGUUGCAUGAGGAAGACUGCAUUUCCCCAGAGACAUUCAGCCAGAACAGUCAGAAGAGCAGCGAUGCAGGGAACAUGGGCACACAGUUGGAGAGUGGAUCAUCACUGUCAGGCCCUUCCUUGCAUUCUCAAAAAAUUGCGCGUGCCAAAUGGGAGUUCUUGUUCGGGAAGCCUUCAGAGGACCACCAUGGAGUAAAAGGCUCCCCCCCCACGGCAGGCACAAAACAAGGUACAGUGUCCUCCACUGCGCCAUCUAGCGGCUACUCCAGUGAUUCUCUGACACCGGCUCCUGCGUCCUCAUUGCCUCUGAGGUCUACGGCAGCUCCUUCCAGACACAGGCCAACAUCUGAGUCCCAGAAGGCCUCCAGCCAUGAUGUUCAGCAGGUGGAUGUGGAACUGGUCAACACCGCUCCUGCACUGGGCUCAUCUCCUAAGACUGGCAUCAUCCGACGCACCAUCAAAUACUCAGAAACAGAUCUGGAUGCUGUUCCACUGCGCUGCUACAGAGAGACUGACAUUGACGAGGUCAUACUGGCCGAGCAGGAGGAAGUUGACUCAGCGUUCAGUAGUGACCGCAGUGCACUGGGCACCUCUGCUGCCAGUUCUUCGCCAAAUGUGGAAGAAGAUGAACAGUUGCAGGAUGAAGAGGUGGUGAGUUGGGCCAGUGUCAGGAUGCACGGUGACAGGAAGAGGCAGUACGCUGCACAAGAAGGAGAUGAGGUGUUCAGCCGUUUACUAAAAGGUUCCCCAAAUGUCGCAUCAGACAGCCACACUGCUCUGAAGUCCCCCAUCAAUGUGGAAAGUCCUCGCAGGACCUCAGUGGAUGGUCUGGACUCUUUCAGCCGUCACUUUGAGAGCAUUAUGGAAUCGCACCGGGCCAAGGGCACCUCCUACAGCAGCCUGGACAGUGUUGACAUGACCCCCACUGGCCCACCCAUCUUCACUUUUGACCUCCCGACCCUGACCCCUGAGAUCCAGAGCCAGAUUUGUGAGAGCGCUCAGCAGAUCAUCGAGCUGAGCUUCGCUCCUCUGGCUCGACCUGAAGCCCCGAGCCUUUCAGGACCUAGUGCCUCUGAGGUGAUGCAUGGUCAGACUGGGACAGGUCAGAGCAGUACAUCUGAGGAGGAGAGCGAGUCGAGCAGCAGUGGUCACUCUGAUAGCCACAUCCUACCUGCGUCUGACUCAGACACAGCAGUAAGGGAGCGUCUGUCACGGCCCGUCUCGCAGUCUGACCUCGAGGUGGCAGAGCACUUGACACUGGGCAGUAAUGAAACCAUCGCCAAUGGCAACAAGGUCGACUUGCAGGCUGCCAAACGGCUGGCCAAACGCCUCUAUAACCUGGACGGCUUCAGGAGGUCUGACGUUGCGCGGCACCUCAGCAAAAAUAAUGAGUUUAGCCAGAUGGUGGCAGAAGAAUAUCUGAGUUACUUCAACUUCUCGGGGCUGACUGUGGAUCAGGCACUGAGAGUCUUCCUGAGAGAGUUUGCGCUCAUGGGAGAGACGCAGGAAAGGGAACGAGUGCUGUCCCAUUUCUCCAGGCGGUACCUGCAGUGCAACCCCAACACUAUUCCCAAUGAAGACAGCGUCCACACUCUGACCUGUGCUCUGAUGCUGCUGAACACAGACCUUCAUGGCCAUAAUGUGGGGAAGAGGAUGUCCUGUGUCCAGUUCAUAGGCAAUCUGGAGGGGUUAAACGACGGCCAGGACUUCCCCAAAGACCUGCUCAAGGCGCUCUACAACUCCAUCAAGAAUGAGAAGCUGCAGUGGACCAUUGAUGAAGAGGAGCUGCGUAAGUCUUUCUCAGAGCUGGCCGACAGCAGGACGGACUCCGCGUCUCACACUAUGAAGCGGAUCAGCAGUGGAGGAAACCCUCUAGUGAGUCUGGCUCAGCAGUCCAGCGCUCAGGUCUAUAAGAACGGCUUCCUCGUUCGCAAAGUUCACGCCGACCCUGACGGCAAGAAAACCCCUCGAGGUAAGAGAGGGUGGAAGUCAUUUUAUGCCAUCCUGAAAGGACUGGUCCUCUACCUGCAGAAGGGUGAAUAUCGAGCAGAUAAGCAGUUGUCUGAUGAGGAUUUGAAGAACGCUGUGUCCAUCCACCACUCGCUGGCUAUGAGAGCAGCAGACUACAGCAAGAGACCUAAUGUUUUUUACCUGCGCACUGCCGACUGGAGGGUCUUCCUCUUUCAGGCCCCUAAUGCGGAGCAGAUGCAGUCAUGGAUCACCCGCAUCAACACGGUGGCAGCCAUGUUCUCCGCCCCUCCCUUCCCAGCAGCCAUCGGCUCCCAGAAGAGGUUCAGCAGGCCUCUCCUGCCAGGCUCCAGCACCAAGCUCUCCCAGGAGGAGCAGCUGCAGGCUCAUGAGGCGCGCUUCAGAGCUGUGUCCUCUGAGCUGCAGGAGCUGCGCUCUGUUCCUCAAGAGCGGAAGACUAAAGGGAAGGAUCAGGACGAGGGCAAGCAGAGAGAGGAGUACCUGGAUUUUGAGAAAACGCGCUAUGGGACAUACGCCAUGCUACUGAGAGCCAAGAUCCGCACAGGAGAGUCAGACCUGGCCGCAUUCGAGUCUCGCCUGUUUGCAGACGGGGGUCUGCAGAGAGCCCACUCCAGCCCCACGUUGCCCCAGGACAGCAGCCAUGCGAGCAGCAGCGGCGGCAGCAGCAGCAGUGGAAAGAAGAGCAAGCGCAGUGAAGGCCAGAGACUCAGCUACAAACAAGCUGUCAAACAGUGAACCCAACACACAGGACGCUUCGUCACCUGCUUUAGGGUAGAUCAGGUCCAGACUGAGGGGCUGAGGUCAGCGUCGAGCACAGAGAUGAGGAAACCUUAGCGGUUUGCAUCAUUAUGCUGCACCUUGUCCAGUCAGCCCCCCCUUGAUGGGGCUCGGCCAGUGCUGGAGGACGUGGUUGCUGCUGGAGGAGUUUAAUAUGAUCAGUUCUCUUUCUCCUGUCAAACGCAGAUUUUCCUGCUCAGUGACUACAGCCCUAAACCUUCAGAGGGCAGAUGAGAUGCUUCUUUGCAUUUGCAUUCCUCUCUUUAGGUCCGCUUCACCCUCUCUCAGUCCAACAUAUAUGCUGUACACUUGGCACUGACUGCUUACACCUUUUUUGUGCAUAUUUGUGGCAUUUUGUUUAAUCAAACAAGACGCCUGUGUAAGCCAAGUACAAGACUGCGACAAAACACAUUUCGAUGCUAUUAGCGCUGUAUUUAUUACCACUAAUCUCAGUCUUGGAGCUGGAGACGAGGAUCAGAUUGAUCAGUGUUCAGUGCGAAAUGUUUUCGCAUUUUGGUCAGCUGGAUUAUAUUUGUGCUCUCUUUUAUCUUCUGCACAUCUGAAUGGAUAAUUCCCUUCCUUUGAUUUCUAGUUUUUCAAAGAAACGAACCAUUCCUGUUUUCUCCUUUCGUCUUCUUACUCAAACACGUCUUUGGAAGUUGUAGGAAAAUGAAAGUUUAUAGUCCUUGAAAGCCUUUGAACUCUUGUUUCAGAGCAUGCUUGUGAUGUAAAGACAAUCAAUUCCCUCAUUGGGUCCUUGCAUUACAAUUCCCAUUAUAUGUAUUGUACAUGUUUUGUAUGUUGGUUUGUUUUCACCAUAAAAAAACUGUAUGGUAAGGUUGGCUUUGAGCUGACGUUGCGAAUUCAAAAGGAAGGUGCAUUGAAAUCACAGCUCAGCAGGAGAGUACACCAGCCAAUGGAGUGCAGGUAAAAGAGCCAGGUGAACUGUAUUGCUUUAGUGUCCAUGUUCAGUUUGUGUACAGGUGUAUGCUGCAUUGGUGAAUAAGGAUGUAUGAAUUAAGGGACGUAAGGAUGUUUCAGAUUAGGGGAUGUAAGACAUGGAAAAAAAAAGACCCUCUAAUCGUGGCAAAGCCAUUUUCUUCUCAGGCAUCUGUGUUCCAAGUACUGCAGCAAUGCCACAUUUCUGCCACCCGAGGGGGCAAUAGAGGCAAAUCAGUUUAGAAAGACAACCUAUAUUACCUCAGCUGCAUUUGGAGAUGAUCUAUUUAUUUCAGACUGACAGGAAUAAUACCACCAGUUGAUGGGUAGACAUUAAAAUGUGACUGAAGUUCUGUGAAGUGUUUCUCAAUGGUAUGAAGUUGCACAACUUUCAUAACCUCAUGAAAUCAGACACUAAAGCUAAGAAUCCAAUAUAUUGUAAAAUCCAUUAACUAGCAUUGCAAUGCACAUAUGAGUCAUAAAGAUCUAACCUGACUGUUAGCACUGCCAUCUUAUGAAUGAACGUUUACGGAGUAAAUGCAUACAUGCAGUUCGGAUGUAUGUAAAUCAUUACUUCACAUUUAAAACUAUGUAGAGCCUAAAUCCCAUCACUAGCACUUCAAUCUUGCAAUGCCCUAUUGCACUUUGGGUAAUACUUGUGUAGAUUUUAUUGAAUGAGGUGAGUUAUUUAUAUAUUUUGGACAUUUAUAAUUCAUGUCUCUUGUUGAGUAUUUGUUUAUGAUUAAAACUUAUUGACGACAAAUUUUACGUACUGUUUUUACAGGGUUAUAUAUAUAUAUACACAUUACAAUACUGUUACUUUUUGUUAGCUGUGUUGCUUUUAGUUGUACAUACUGUGGAUAUUAUGUUGAAUUUGCUCUGUAAGAAAAAAAUGCCCUAUUGUUUGUAUGUUUCAAUGGCAUAGAUAUACAAUAAAAUGUUAAAAUGACA